GAGGAGGAGGAGGAGAAGGAGGAGGAGGAGGAGGAGGAGGAAGAGGAGGGCGGCGUUUCCCUGCGCGGCGCUGCAGCCGUCGCCCUGCCGCCGGCGAGCGUCAGGCGGAGGGGGGGGGCUUGCUCCGCGCCCUUCCCCUUGCCCCCUCGCCCCGAGGAUGGCAGCGCUGCCCGCAGGAGCGGCCGGCGGUGUCCCUCCUCUUUUUUUUUCCGGCGGCGGCGGCUCGCUGUCGUGUGGGAGGAGGGCAGCGGGGAUGGACUUGAUCUGCCGGGCGUGCUGCUGAGCCGGCACAGACAGCACCCGGCAGGGCCGCGCCGCGCCGCGCAGCGCCGGGCAGGGAGGGACCGUGCCGGGGGGCUCGGCGCUGCUCUCGCCGCACCGACACGCAGCCACCCUCCUCCUCCUCCUCCUCCUCCUCCUCCUCUUCCUCCUCCUCCUCCUCCUCCUCCUCCUGCGCCCUUUCAUCCUUCCUCGCCGCCGUCCCCCCUCGCCCGUCUCCCGCCGCGGCAGAUGCGCUUGGGGCCCCCGCGCAGCUGGGACUAUGGUGAAAUUUCCAGCGCUCACUAACUACUGGCCCCUCAUCCGCUUCCUCGUCCCGCUGGGCAUCACCAACAUCGCCAUCGACUUCGGGGAGCAGGCCUUGAAUAGGGGCAUCGCUGCAGUUAAGGAAGAUGCUGUGGAAAUGCUGGCCAGCUAUGGGCUGGCGUACUCCCUGAUGAAGUUCUUCACAGGUCCAAUGAGUGACUUCAAAAACGUAGGUCUGGUGUUUGUGAACAGCAAGAGAGACAGGACCAAAGCAGUUUUGUGCAUGGUUGUGGCUGGCGCUGUAGCUGCUGUAUUUCAUACCUUAAUAGCAUAUAGCGAUUUGGGGUAUUACAUUAUUAAUAAGCUACACCAUGUGGAUGAAUCAGUGGGAAGUAAAACUCGGAGGGCCUUCCUUUAUCUUGCUGCCUUCCCUUUUAUGGAUGCCAUGGCAUGGACCCAUGCUGGGAUUCUGCUGAAACACAAGUACAGUUUCCUGGUGGGAUGUGCCUCCAUCUCAGAUGUCAUAGCUCAGGUUGUUUUUGUAGCCAUUUUGCUUCACAGUCACUUGGAGUGCAGGGAGCCUCUCUUGAUCCCAAUCUUGUCACUCUACAUGGGAGCACUUGUCCGGUGUACCACACUAUGCCUGGGAUACUACAGGAACAUACAUGAUGUCAUUCCUGACAGAAGUGGGCCUGAAAUGGGGGGAGAGGCUACAAUAAGGAAGAUGCUGAGCUUCUGGUGGCCUUUGGCAUUAAUUUUGGCAACUCAGCGAAUAAGUAGGCCCAUUGUCAACCUUUUUGUCUCCCGGGACCUAGGUGGCAGUUCUUCGGCCACAGAGGCAGUGGCAAUUCUGACAGCUACCUAUCCUGUGGGACACAUGCCGUACGGCUGGCUGACAGAAAUUAGAGCAGUAUACCCAGCUUUUGACAAGAAUAACCCCAGCAAUAAACUGGUGAACACCAACAGCACUGUCACAGCGACACAUAUCAAGAAGUUCACUUUUGUUUGCAUGGCUUUGUCCUUAACGCUCUGUUUUGUGAUGUUUUGGACACCAAACGUGUCAGAGAAGAUUUUAGUUGACAUAAUCGGAGUAGACUUCGCUUUUGCAGAGCUGUGCGUCGUUCCUUUGCGCAUCUUCUCCUUCUUUCCAGUUCCAGUGACAGUCAGAGCACACUUGACUGGUUGGCUGAUGACUCUAAAGAAGACGUUUGUGCUGGCACCCAGCUCAGUGCUGCGGAUCAUCGUCCUCAUCACUAGUCUCAUUGUUCUGCCUUACUUGGGAGUUCAUGGAGCCACUCUUGGAGUAGGAUCCCUUCUAGCAGGUUUUGUGGGAGAAUCCACCAUGGUUGCAAUAGCAGCCUGUUAUGUCUAUCGGAAACAGAAAAAGAAGCGGAAUGAGAAUGAAACAGCUGCAGAAGGCGAAGACUCUGCUAUGACCGACAUGCCUCACACGGAGGAAAUGACAGACAUCGUAGAAAUGAGAGAAGAGAAUGAAUAAUAAAGGGGAUGCAAUUGUUCUCUACAGGGACGAUUGGAGUGAUACUUCAGCAUCUUGUCGUCUCUCAUACUUUUUUGUUUGUUUGUUUUUAUUUUUGUAAUAAAGAGGCCUUGAUUUAAAAGGUUUCAGAUAAAUUCUCUAGCAUACUGAGUAUGCUCACACUGAUGAGGGACCUAAAAAGAGGUCUUUGCUUUUUCUUUUUCAAUUGAAUUUGUUUUCUCACUCCAUGCAGACAUAAAAGAUACAAUUGCAUCGCUGUAGAGUCUUCCUUACUUAUGCAUCCACCUUCUCUGGACAAUCUGCAUUUGUCAACCAAAGCCCUGCUGUGUGUGUAUGCGUGCGCGUGUGUGCACGCACACGAGUGCCACUGGCUCAGUGCUACUGCCAUAAUCCUACUCCCUCCCCUUUCUUUUUCCUUCCUUUUCUUCAUGAGAAAUGUUAAGGAAAAGAAGUUUGGAAUACAGAGCUUUAUUUUACUUGCUUGAAAAUGACUUUGCUACAUAAACUAAUAUACUAUGGUGAACUAUAUCUUUUGUUUGGCCUCGUCACUAGAGCUUAUACUGCACAGGGUACAACACAGGGAGGAACGUGUAAGUCUCCGCAUGGAAAGUGGAGAAAAACAGGCUCCUCUCUCCUGUUAAAAGUGUGUGAUUGUGUAUAUACACACACAGAUACAUAAACAGAGACAUACAUAUAUAUAUUUAUAUAUAUAUGCAUACAAUAAAUAAAAUACACACAGGACAAGAACUCUAUUUACCUUUCAUUCCGUCUGAAAGAUAGAAAUCUGUUGAAAAAUGUAAAUUUAUAAUUCAGAGUCUUCUUGAAUAGUUAAGCACCGUGUUAUAUAGGUCUCUUUAGGGAAAAAAAAAACAUGCACUUUCCUCUUGUGAAGAGGGUAAUAGCAAAUGAUAGAAUUUGACUGUAUUUAAAUAAAAAAAAAUAAUAAAAAUUGACAAGCUUUACCAAAGUUCUUGUCCACUGAUUUAACUUUAAUUUUUAAAGGAUGAUUUACUCUAGACUUAUUUCUGGUGCCUAUAUAUUUAAAAACAAACAACAGAUAACUUCUGCAGGAUACCAUGGUAUAUUGCGUUACUACACUUAGUUCCAUGAAGGUCUUUAUUUGGUGAUGUACACAUGCUCACACGUACAUGUAUAUAUAUAUAAGUAUAUAUAUACACACACACUUCUGUGUAUGUUUUGCUAUGAUGUAUUUACCUAUGCAGUAGAUCAAAAUCAGUAUGGCGAAGCUCAAGUACUGAUGAUCCUCCAAGUCCUUAAUUAGGGACCAUGAUCGCUUGUUAGCUCUCAAUACAGCAGUGUCAUGGAAGCAGAAAGCUGCUCAAACCAGCAAGCACUGCACUUUGCAAACAAGGCAGGCACUGUGCGGUUUAAUUGGGCCUUAAAUAGGAGAGCAUGAGGUUGGAUGGUCAAUCUGUGUCAGGUGGAAGUGAAGCCUGUGUAAGAGGUCACUGAACCAGAGAUGGUUUGGGUGCCACCAGUGGUGGCUGCAGGAGCAGUUUGUACUCCUCUGCUGGUUUGUGUCUGGCUGCGGGGCAGCAUUCCUGUUACCAGUUUGUAGUAGCUUGGGUUCUUUCAGCUGUAACCAUGCCUGAGUUUGGAUACCGUUAUCCUACAUACUAUAUCUGCAAGUCAGUUAAUUUAAACUUUAUUAAGUAAAAAUAUAUUUUUCUAAGUUGUGGGAAUGAUUAUUUAAUUGUGGACAACUUCAGUUUCUGGAUUAUUUGCCAGGUACUCCCAGCACUCAGAGAACUGAUCGGAACUAGGCAUUACUUUCAAUGUUGUAUCAAUAUAUGUGUAUAUAUACAUACACAUGUGUAUAAAUAUAUAUAUUGUAUAUUAUGUAUAUUUAUUUUAAGCUAGAAUACAUUUCCUAUUUUUCCAAGUUCAGCUAAAAACGUCUCUAAAACACUACAGAGUUGGAUAGUAACCAGGUAUGGCUAUAAUGAAAGGCAUUGUAUCAAUGAGCUUUAUUUUAAACAUUUGUACCGAUUUUUUACAUGCACAAAUGACUUAGAAGUGAUGACAUUGAAUGGCAGACUUGAAAAAUCAGUUUGUGGUUAAUUAGCAGUGGCACUAAGAGGCAAGACUAAACCUAGUAGCCUCACAUCUUCUGUGCCACCACAAGGUUGUUCUCAUUGUUUCUCACAGUAGAUUAAACAAACCAACCAACCAAAAAAAAUAAUAAAAAA